AUCAGAAUUCAGAAGUAUGCGCGUGCGUAACAAUCCGCAACCGCUUUCCUCCAUUUGAAUUUUCAAACACGUAAACCUUUUUCUGAAUCAGGAUUUUGGAAAGCAGCCAUGGAAACUCAUCUCUCUGGGUCUUUCUCUAAAUCUCUUGACAAAGUAGAAACUUAGAUUAAGCAGAGGUGGUAGUGACGAAACUUCGUAAUAAUUAGAAAAAAGUACAAGUCAAAAAUGUUGUCUAAAUCCAGUACCGUCAUCUCUUUAAUUAAUAUACCGGUAAAAAAGUGUUAAAUUUACCUAUCUGGGUUAUUGCAGAGUCAACAUUUUUCUAUACUUAUUUAACAACUCUCCUUUUCUGGUGCUUUCUCUAUUUUGUUUGAAUCAUCUUCAUCUUCAUUCUUCGUCUAUUCCUUCAAAUGUGAGCCAAAACAUUGUAAUUUAUCUUAUUUUUCAAAUUUCAUUCUAAUUUUUUCAAUUCAUCAGAAUUUCCUUGAUUCUAUUUAUUUGCCAUAAAAGAUCUCUUCUUUCCCCACCAAAAUCUCUACUUUAUAAAAGAUUUUUUCCUUUUUAUUUGUUAACUUUGUAUGUAUUUUUGGAUAUAAAAGUUGUAAUGAAGUUAUUAGUAGAAGUAAUUGAAGGAAGAAAUCUUAAAGCCUGUGAUCCAAAUGGGUUUAGUGACCCUUACGUUAAAUUACAACUUGGGAAGCAGAGAUUGAAAACUAAAGUAGUCAAAAAGAAUUUAAAUCCAUCAUGGAAUGAGGAUUUCAAUUUUAGAGUUGAGGAUCUUAACGAAGAACUUCAAAUUAAUGUUUUUGAUGAAGAUAAAUUCUUAGCUCAUGAUUUUAUUGGUCAAGUGAAAAUACCAAUUUCGGAGAUUUUUGAUGCUGAGAAUAAGACUUUGGGUACUUGUUGGUAUACUUUACAACCGAAGAAUAAGAAGAUCAAGCAGAAAGAAUGCGGUGAAAUACUUCUUACAAUUUCAUUGUCUCAGAACAACUCAUUCUUAGAUGAACUUAGUAGUGGCGGUGAACCCUCUAUGGAGAGGAAUAUAGAGUCAAUUGGGAACGAGUCACCAAGAGUGCAUCUAGAUAGUUUCCCAAGACCAUUGUCUGAAAUCAACUUUGUUAAAGAAGAGAAAACAUCUACUGUGCAAACUCUUGCGGGUCGUCUAGCUCAACUUAUUUUUAAGAAUGCAGACACGGGGUCGACUAGUGUACCUGGAACACCAACUACAGUGAAUUCGGAGGAAAAGGAUUUCGAUAAUUUUGAGAUUGUUGAUAAUUCGUCUGAUGGCACUUUUGAGGAAGUCAUGAGGAGCUUGGAGUCCAAACAUCAAGGAGUUGAAACGCCUACUAAUCUUCCUGGCAUUCUACUUGACCAGUCUUAUGUCAUUACACCAUCUGACCUGAAUUCGCUACUCUUUUCACCUGAUUCUAAUUUUACAAAAGAUUUGGCUGAAUUCCAAGGAACUACGGAACUACAAGAAGGACCUUGGAGAUUUGAAGACGGUGGUGAGAGCUUAAAAAGAACUGUCACUUACAUUAAGGCUCCAACUAAGUUAAUUAAGGCUGUGAAAGCGACAGAAGACCAAACAUAUGUUAAAGGUGAUGGAACGGUGUUUGCCGUUUCAGUGACGGUUGCUACACCUGAUGUUAUGUAUGGGAACACCUUUAGGACGGAGUUGCUCUUCUGUAUAACCCCCGGACCUGAACUUUCAUCAGGAGAAAAAACGGCAAGGUUGGUAAUAUCGUGGCGAAUGAAUUUCCUUCAGAGCACUAUGAUGAGAGGAAUGAUUGAAGGUGGGGCUAGGCAAGGUCUUAGGGAUAGCUAUGAGCAGGUGGCAACUUUGUUAUCUCAAAAAGUUAAGGCGGUCGAUUUGAAAGACCUAUCUGGUUCCAACAAAGAGCAGAUUUUGGCUUCUAUGCAGGUGGAGCCACAAUCAAUGUGGAGGCUGGCGAUCCAUUAUUUUCUCAAUUUCACUGUAAUUUCCACUGUCGUGAUGGGACUGUAUGUUCUUGCACACAUCUUGUUAGCCAUGCCUAACAAAAUACAAGGGCUAGAGUUUGAUGGCCUGGACUUGCCAGAUUCGAUUGGUGAAGUGAUUGUGUGUGGUAUUCUGGUUCUCCAAGGGGAAAGAGUUCUGGAGAUGGUAGCACGUUUCAUGCAGGCCAGAUUGCGGAAAGGAAGUGAUCAUGGAGUCAAAGCACAAGGGGAUGGAUGGUUAGUAACCAUUGCUCUGAUUGAAGGGAGUAGCUUAGCAGCUGUUGAUUCUACUGGAUUCUCAGACCCAUAUGUGGUAUUCACCUGCAAUGGUAAAACAAGAACCAGUUCGAUAAAGUUUCAGAAACUCGAUCCUCUAUGGAAUGAGAUAUUCGAAUUCGAUGCAAUGGAAGAUCCCCCAUCAAUGUUGGAUGUGGAAGUUUUCGACUUCGAUGGGCCUUUUUAUGAAGCUACAUCUCUAGGACAUGCAGAAAUCAACUUUUUAAAGUCUAAUGUAUCCGAUCUUGCUGAUGUGUGGAUCCCUCUUCAAGGAAAGUUAGCUCAGACUUGCCAAUCUAAGUUGCACUUGCGAGUUUUCUUGAACAAUACAAGAGGCAGCAGUGUUGUCAAAGAGUACUUAACGAAGAUGGAGAAGGAGGUUGGGAAAAAGAUAAAUGUGCGUUCCCCUCAAACAAAUUCAGCGUUCCAGAAACUAUUUUGUUUACCAUCCGAGGAAUUUCUUAUCAACGAUUUUACUUGUCACUUGAAGCGCAAAAUGCUACUCCAGGGUCGCCUAUUUCUCUCAGCAAGGAUAAUUGGGUUUCACACAAAUAUGUUUGGUCAUAAAACCACGUUCUUCUUUCUUUGGGAGGACAUAGAAGACAUUCAAAUUCUUCCACCAACUCUGGCAUCAAUGGGAAGUCCAUCCAUUAUUAUUAUUCUGCGUCGAGGAAGAGGUAAGGAUGCAAAACACGGUGCAAAGACACUAGAUGAGGAAGGCAGACUGAAGUUCCACUUCCACUCUUUCGUAUCCUUCAAUGUAGCUCAGAGGACUAUAAUGGCACUUUGGAAGUCUAAGUCCUUGAGUCUUGAGCAGAAGGUUAGGAUAGCUGAAGAAGAAUCUGGAGUUAAAGGCGGCCUCCGAAGUGAAGAGAGUGGAACUUUCACUGGCCUAGAGGAUGUCAGCAUGUCUGAAAUUUAUUCCUCGUUAUUCCCUGUUCCUACGAACUUCUUCACCGAACUGUUUGCUGGAGGAAAGUUAGAGCUGAAGGUGAUGGAGAAGGCGGGAUGUGUUGAUUAUUCGCAUACUCCAUGGGAAGUGGUGAAGUCCGAUAUUUAUCAGAGACAAGUUUGUUUCAAGUUUGACAAAAAUGCUUCUGGAUACGAAGGAGAAGUUACCAGCACUCAGCAACGAUCUCCCUUACCUGAUAGAAAAGGAUGGGUUGUUGAAGAGGUCAUGGCCCUUCAAGGAGUUCCACUUGGUGACUACUACACUCUUCAUAAAAGAUAUCAAAUUGAGGACAACCCUUCAAAACCGAAAUCAUGCAAUAUCCACGUGUUCUUUGGCAUUCAAUGGCUCAAAAGCACCAGUAACCAGAAAAGGAUCACAGAGAACAUUGUAUCAAAUCUUACAGAUCGUCUAAAAGAAACAUUCUCUCUAGUCGAAAAGGAAUAUAUAAUAGGAAAGUAAAUGCUUUAGCAAGUAGACGUGGGUGUGUUAAAAUCAUGUUUUUUCAGCAGUACUCCCUCCAGGCAUUUGUUUUUCUCGAGAGACUCUCCUCAUUGCGCUGGAACGUGGAAUUCAGGGUCUGGUAACUUUCUCCUCACUCUCUCUAUGGGGGUUAUGGUUAACUUACAAUGUAGUAGGUAAAGUUGACCAAUAUCCGCUUAUUCAUGCUCCAGAUAGAGGAAAUAUAAGCAAAUGGAGUUUACUGUGACUUCACAUGCAGUAGUUUAGAUUUGUUCAUAACAGUGUCAUAUUCUUCUUCAAGUUAAUCGUUCUCAAUGGGCUAAUAGUCUCACAUUUCAUCCACUUGAUCCUUUAAAUAUAAUGGUGCUACAUCUACCUACAUUUGAAAGAGAUUGAAGAUGGAUUGCUGUAGGUGCAGUUUGCUAGUCUGCAUACGUACAAUUUUCUUCUUCUUCUUUUUGUGUUCAGUUUCUUAGAAUUGGCACUUUGUAUAUGUACAGAUCAAUUUCGUUCGUUGGAAAACAAAACGUGUAAUUUUCAGUGAAAACAUUCCAAUCCUCUUUUUGUUCA